UCUCGUGCUUGCCAUGGGGUGGCUUUUUGGAGAACAGCUCUGAACCCUGGGACAGGGCAUCCUCACUGUGCUGCCUCAGGGCUCCCAGGUCUUUCCCUGGAUGGAUGGUGCAGCUCUGUUCCCUUCCACAGCUCCCGCACCUCUGCAGCCGAGAAGGAGAUGGGAGGAGCAGAAAAAAGGGAGAAGCAAUACCAAGCCCAUCAGGGAUUUGGGGAUCACCAUGGUGGAGUCACCAGUGCCCACACCUAUUUCUACACUGAUGAGGCCAAGUGUGACCAACACAUGGAGACUUUCCUCCGCUGUAUUGAUGCCUCAAGUGGCAGCUCAGAGGAUGGCUUCUCUGCCAUCAAGCUGACAGCACUGGCCAGACCUCAGUUCCUGGUGCGGUUCUCAGAGGUGCUGGUGAAGUGGCGGAGAUUCUUCCACCAAAUGGCUGCAGAGCAAGGCCAGGCCGGGUGGGAUGUGCUGGACACAAAGCUGGAGGUGGAGAAGCUGCAGGAGGCACUGGCCAACCUCGGCAUUGUGAGCAAGGCAGAGAGCCAGCAGUGGUUAGCAGGCGAGAAUGUGGGCGUGAGCGGCACUGUGGACCUGCUGGACUGGAACAGCCUGCUUGACAGCUGCACCAAGCUCUCCAGGCCUCUGCUCAUCCCCAACAGGAAGACUGGGCAGCUGGAGCCUCUGCUAUCACGCUUCAGCAAGGAGGAGGAGCUGCAGAUGAAGCGGGUGCUGCAACGCAUGGAUGUCCUUGCAAAGAGAGCCAUGGAGAAGGGCGUGAGGCUGAUGGUAGAUGCGGAGCAGAGCUACUUCCAGCCAGCCAUCAGCCGCCUCACCGUAGAGACACAACGCUGCUUCAACAGGAGCCAGCCCAUCAUCUACAACACCUACCAGUGCUACCUGAAGGAGGCUUACAACAAUGUGACAGGGGACAUGGAGCUGUCACGCCGGGAGGGCUGGCACUUUGGCACCAAGCUGGUGCGUGGGGCCUACAUGGAGCAGGAGAGGGAGAGGGCGGCUCAGAUGGGCUAUGAGGAUCCCAUCAACCCAAGCUAUGAGAAGACCAACGAGAUGUACCACAGGUGCCUGGACUAUGUCCUGGAGGAGAUCAAGCAUAGCCGGAAAGCCAGCGUGAUGGUGGCAUCUCACAACGAGGACACAGUGAAGUUCACCCUGCGCAGGAUGAUGGAGCUGGGGAUCCAUCCCUCAGACAAGAAGGUGUGCUUCGGGCAGUUGCUGGGCAUGUGUGACCAGAUCACCUUCCCCCUGGGCCAGGCUGGCUUCCCCGUGUACAAGUACGUGCCCUAUGGGCCGGUGAAUGAGGUGCUGCCUUACUUGUCCCGCCGGGCCCAGGAGAACAGGGGCUUCAUGCAGCGAGCAAACCGCGAGCGGGACCUGCUCUGGAAAGAGGUCAAGAGGCGUCUCCUCACAGGAAACCUCUUCAGCCACUGACCCCAGCCUCAGCCCUGGGGCUCUCGUACCUUCAGCCUGAACCACUGUGAGCAUUCACCAUCCGAGUUCUGCUGCAGCUCCCCCAGCCCCCUUUGCCCUGGGAGAGAAGUGUCCUUGAUGCUGUUGAACCACUCAAGCCUUACAGUGACCUCUGGGAUCACCCCAGCUGCCCCAGGGAUGUCCUUCUGCUGCACCACAGCCUCUUGAGCUGUCCCAAGGGAGAUGCUGGGGCUCUCCUGCCAGCUCGCCCUGUGCCUUGAUGAACACUGUCCCAGCGUUUUUUUCCUGAUUUAUCUACUUUCCUUGUGCCCAUGGGCUCAGAUCCAGGUGGCUGGGUGACUUGGGGACAGGCUGGCCUCAGCCAGAAGCUCCUCCAGCCUCUGCCAGGGCUGGAGCUUUCUGCCCACCAGACCUUUGAAGGGGCAGGAUCAGCCCCUGUUGCCUGUCCCUGCCAGCUCACUGGCUUUGCACUGACCAGAGCUGGGCAGGUCCAGGCUCUCCCCUAUCCCACCGGGAUAAACUGACAGGGGUUGUCCAUCCUCAGGCACACGUCCAAUGGAACAGGAGGGGCGAGGCUAGUGGGCUGGCCCCAUCCCUGUACCAUUCCUGCCCUGCCCACAGUCCCUGCUUCUAAUGAUGGACCAGGGGCAGUGGGAGCACCAGGACCUGGACCAUAGUUCAUCUCUGCUGUACAUUGGAUUUGGAAUGGUACAUUGUACAUUGGAGAAUGGAAAUGGUAAAAUCACAAGUUUUCCUGC